AUGCCCCCGCACUUCACUGAGUUAAUGUUUAUUUCUCUCAUCAAUUUCAAACUGGGAAGAAGGCGGCCAAAUCAACCACCGUCGACUUACCUUACCUGUCACUGGCUAGUACUUCAACUUCCUAUCAGCCGACUCAUCAUGCACGACAACAGCACCAUUCCCAUUGCAACAAACACGUCCAUCGACCUUCCCUCACUUCCCCUGUCUUCCAUAGGUAAUGUGUAUGGGCAUUAUAGACUCUGCGCCCCUCGAACUACCACAACAUCGAACUCCUAUUCGUGGAGUAGGAACAUGUCGGCAUACAUGUGGACGCUGGACUGUGGGGGGAGCAAGUGCCGAAUCUAG